UCGAUUUCUUACUUAAAAAAGAUCAAAAUUCAAGAUUGUUUCCUACUGGUGAUUGCUUAGGGCUUACAUUUAGGCCUUUUGUCAUCUAAUUCCAUACCAAUUAGCUUAUCAAUCAGAUCUUUUAUACACGCAACAAAACGCUCCUUUUUUUUAAUAUUUUUUUCGUCGUCGUUCCGGCCAUGGAAGAAGCCGGUUCAGCUGACAUCAUGCUGCCACCUUCAUCGGUUUCUCUUUCUCUGUUCUCUCCUUGCCCUCGACGCCUUUCAUCCAGCUUCGCCCGGCCGAGUCGGCCGGUUGUUCAUUCCUCCGGGCGGCUGGCUUGGUUUUCCCUCCAGGGGCGCCUCUUGAAUGCCGAGGAAGCCAGCUCGGCUCGAGCUAUAGGAGGUGGUUUGGGCCGCGAGGAGGCUUUCGCCUGGGAGCUCUUUAGUCCCAUCGAAAGGUUCCUGAUCGUGGCGGUGAUCGGCGCGGCGAGUGCUGAGUCUAAGAAGAAUCGGUUGAUUUGCCAACUCAAAAAAUGGGUCGAGCUAAGGGAUGAGGUGCUUUCAAGCAUGCAGCAGAAGGUAGACAAUCUAUGCGAACAGCUGAAUAACACCAAGGAGAAGCCGGGAACAUGGGCCAAAACCGAUUUCGAAUCAUCAUCGAGUGAAACUUUCGGGUCCGGGAGUGUGCAGGUUGAUGAUUGUGGUUGUUGGAUUUGCUAUCAUCAUCGAGAUCAGUUUAAAGGUAACUACAUAGUGAAGAACUUGGGUGGGGGAGAGACGGAAUUGCCAACCGAGACGGAACAUGAGGAGCGCCGCAUGUCUGAUUUGUCGGACUGGGCUUCAAGUGUCACAUCUGCAUCUGAAAUCCAGCUGAACAACCUUGCCGUAGAACAAGAUGUGUUCAAUCUUAAGAGGGAAUGCGAAGAGAAGGAUGCGAUCAUAAAGGAGCUAAACACUAGUGUCCAGUCAUCCAAUAUGGCUAGUUUGAAGAGGAUAUCGGAGUUGGAGGAUAUUAUACACAGAAAGAACAUGAUGAUUACUCGAUUGAAGAAGGACAUGGUGUUUCUAGAACAAAAGGUUGUCCACAUGACUAGGCUUCAGAGACCUUCCUACUCUACCUCAAGCCCAAACUAUUGGCAAGUUCCAUCCAUGACAGAUAACCUCCUUUACGACAUGGAUAGUACCACUAGUCCUUCCUCGUCCGAUUCCGAUUCGCCCCCAAUGAACCGUCCGCAAGCUCCGGUUUCCAAUGUCGAGGAAGUUAGUUUCCAGAAUGAUGAUGACAUUGAUUUAAAGAGAGAACAGAAAUCAGCACCUACAAAAGUACCAAGCUCUUUUACGAGACAAAGCGAAUGUCGUCCGAUGCCGGAACCGGCAACUCCGUUAAGGGAAAUAUCGAUGAAUCACAAGUCUAAACAACCCUAUUCGAGGCAUAGGCAAGUAUCGGCUAGUCAAGAUUCAAAGAGAAUUAAGAAGCAAACUCCAAGUGUGCCGAAAGAUUCUAUCCCGAGGAAAAGAUGGUCUUAGUAAGUAAUUAGAAACAUGGAUGGACAUGGAAGCAUGAUCUUAUAUUAGAGGCAAACAAACUUGAA